CUCCGUUUGCUUCCUGCUCUGUUUUCUGUGCUUAACGUCUCGAAUCAAUCCAAGUUGGUUUCCCUACUCCAUUGAGCUUGCUCUUUUCACUUUGCUCCUCUGUGGCUCCUGCUGUAGAGCAUCCAUCAAUUCAUCUGAACAUUGGAACGCACUCAUCAUUAUUUACACUACCUCAGCUCUACUCCAUAGGCUUCAAUACUACUUUAUAUUCCCCCUUCACAGUACAAAACAUUUUCCACAAUGGAUAUGUCAAUGUCAGGCAUGUCCACGGGCUCGGCAACCCCAACCAUGGCGAUGGCCAUGUCGACGACGGGCACUGGAAUGGCAGCAAUGGCAUCUAGUACUGGCAUGCAUUCAAUGAGUAUGGGAGGGAGCUGCAAGAUCUCUAUGUUGUGGAAUUGGUACACUGUCGAUUCGUGCUUUAUCGCAAAAUCCUGGCACAUAACCAGCAAAGGCAUGUUCGCCGGCUCCUGCAUCGGCGUAAUCCUGCUCGUCGUCGUCCUCGAAUUCCUCCGCCGGGCUGGAAAAGAAUACGACCGCUUCAUCGUCUCCCAACACACACGCUCACUCGCCUCUUCCAACGGUGCUGUCACAGCAUCCACCUCAUCCACCUCCUCGCACGACGGCGCCAAACCCAAGGCCCCAACGACGUCAGCCGCCGCCUCAGCCUGCCACCCAGCACCACAGGCAACAUUCCGCCCGAAUGUCUUACAGCAGGCGAUCCGAGCGCUGUUGCAUAUGCUGCAGUUCGCCGUUGCGUAUUUCAUUAUGUUGCUGGCUAUGUACUAUAACGGAUAUAUCAUCAUUUGCAUCUUCAUUGGUGCGUACAUCGGGUACUUUAUCUUCGGGUGGGAGAGCUUUAAAGUUGGAGGUGGGGCAAGUGAUCGGCUGCAGGAGGAGGUUACUGUGUGCUGUGGGUGACGGAGUGUCUAAUGGAGUGGGUAGAAGGGAUGGAUACCGGGGUUAGAGGUGGAAGGGGGUUGACGGUUGUGGAGAGACAAGAGUAAGGCAAUACACCGAGUUAAUCGUAAUCGAAAGUUUAGGUCGAUGGCAUAUCCAACUAGAAUUCUAUUGGACGAGGAAGUUGGAAUAAAAGUCCAUUCGUCUUACUCCAGUUAUUGCGACCAUGUAUGUGAGGACGGUGGCAUUCCGCGCGUCGAAUCUGCAAACGGGCUUGCGAGGAAAAUUGAACAGCAGAGCGUUGUUAUUGCAUACUACAACACAUAAUAGGGACAGCUAAGCUUCUUUGCUAGAAUUCAAGAGUUUGUCGAGGGGAUGCUAA